AUGGAUGUGCACACCAGCAUCGAGCUUUACAUUCGUCGCACGGAUGUAUUGAGGGCUCAGCGAUUGCUGGAAUCAACGACGACUACAUCUGCCGCUACACCGUCUACUGUUGAACUUGUUACUGGCCGCGGGAACGGAAACGUCUCCCGCGGAAAUCUUGUUAGUAACAAUCGUUACCUGGCGCUGUUCUUCGGAGCAGCGAUUAUUCUUUUAUUACUCGGCUGGCUGACCUUCUCUUACUUGAAGAGCAGAUCAGCCUUCUCUUGGCUGAAUUCUAACCAGCAGAAGGACGGCGACGGCGAAGUGUCUGCCUUAGAUGACUCCCAUGUUACGGAGAUUGUGGAUCUAGAGGCGACACAUCCAACGGAAACUCAGGCGUUCGAAGAAGAAGAAGAAUGUUUUUCGUCACAAAUGUCAACGAUUGAAGACGAUGAGGAUGACUCCGAGGAGGAGAAUAUGGUAUUAGACGACGACGAAGAUCAUGAGGAGGAGGAAACGGCAUCCGACGAAGACAAAGAUAAUGAGGAGGAGGAGGAGGAGGAGAUGGUAUUAGACGUCGACGAAGAUCAUAAGGAGGAGGAGGAGGAGAUCGUAUCAAACGACGAUCAUCAUCAUGAGGAAGGGGGAAGCGGAGGAGGAGGAAACAGCAUCGGACGACGACAGAGAUAA